AUGUCAGACUGGGAUACCGUUACCGUUAUCGGAAAGAAUGCCAGAAUUGGUGGUGGUGGACCACGUCAAAGUGUUGCCCGUACCACUGGACAAUUAAAUGAAGCUAGAAGAUCUGGUGCCGUUGUAUCCACAGAAAAGAAGUAUGGUACUACCAAUAAGAGUAAUAACCCUGAGGGACAAAGAUUAGCCAAGUUAGACGAUAUCGAUGACGUUGUUCAAAACAAGAAGCUUGAUCUCAAUGUUGGUAAGGCUAUUGGUAAGGCAAGACAAGAGAAAAAGCUUACUCAAAAGGAUUUGGCCACUAAGGUUAAUGAAAAACCACAAAUCAUCAACGAUUAUGAAGCUGGUAGAGCUAUUCCAAAUCAGCAAUUGUUGGGUAAGUUGGAAAGAGCUUUGGGUGUCAAAUUAAGAGGUAAGAACAUUGGUGAGCCUUUGUUUGCUAAGAAGAAGUAA